AUGGAACCGAAGAACAGUCCUCCCGAGUCGGUUGGUGCACCAGACGAUGCGCCAAAGCUGACCUUCAACCAUGAUCUCCGGUUCUGGUUGGUUUUUGUUGCGUUGUGUGUGACUUCCUUGCUGGCUGCUCUCGAGGGAACUGUGACGUCCACUGCUCUUCCGACCGUUGUCGCUGACCUCCAGAUUGGCGACAAUUACCCGUGGGUAUCUAAUGCUUACUUUUUGACCACGGCAGCCUUCCAACCGCUAUACGGACAACUCGCCAAUGUCUUCGGCCGCCGCUAUCCCAUGAUCUUCUCCGUCGUCCUCUUCAUCCUCGGCAGUGGUAUUUGCGGAGGUGCCUCAAGCGCGGCCAUGCUAAUCGCUGGUCGUGCGGUGCAAGGCGUCGGGGGAGGCGGAAUCAACAUGCUAAUCGAUCUCAUCAUCUGCGACCUGGUCCCCCUGACGCAGCGAGGCGCAUAUAUUGGGCUGCUGUUUGUCGUCUUUGCCAUUGGCACCUCACUGGGCCCAUUCAUUGGCGGUGCCAUCGUCGGCAACACCACCUGGCGAUGGGUCUUCUACCUCAACCUCCCGAUUGGUGGAGUGGGUCUCGUCCUACUCAUACUCUUCCUGCAAGUGAACGAUGACCGCGAGAUGUCCGUUGGGACGAAGCUGAAGCGCCUGGACUACCUCGGGAACCUGCUGCUGGUCGGUGCGAUUGUAUCCAUCCUGAUUGCGCUCAGUUGGGGCGGCACGCGUUACCCUUGGUCGUCUGACCACGUCCUCGCUCCACUGAUUAUCGGUCUCCUGGGAAUCCCAGCGUUCGUCUUCUAUCAAGGGACUCCAUUUGUGAAAGAGCCAACCACCCCGUUGCGACUGUUUAGUAACCGUACUUCGAUCAUCGCGUUCUUCAAUACCUUCAUGCACGGCCUUCUCAGCUUCUGGAUCCUCUACAUGCUACCGGUCUACUUUCAGGCCGUGCUACAGUCGUCCCCAGAACGCUCCGGGGUUCAGCUCCUCCCAACCGUGAUCUCAAUGAUCCCAGUCGCUGGCGUGUCAGGUGCAAUCCUCUCGAAGACAAGCAACUACAAAUUACUGCACGUCGUAGGAUUCGCCCUUCUCACCAUCGGCCUCGGCACCUUCACAGUGCUCGGCCCCGAUUCCUCCACCGCAGCGUGGACGCUGACCCAGAUGGUCGCUGCAUUCGGCGCCGGGACCAUCAUGCCCGUGCUUCUGCCGGCAGUCCAAGCCGGACUCGAGGAGAAAGACACGGCGACGUCGACAGCACUGUGGGCUUUUGUCCGCAGCUUCGGCAUUAUCUGGGGCCUGUCCGUGCCCGCCGCCAUCUUCAACAACCAAUUCGACAAGUAUGCCGCGUCGAUCAACGACCGCGCGGUACGCGACAUGCUGAGCGGGGGUAAUGCAUACUCGUACGCCUCGAGCGCGACCAUCAGCGCACUCCCCGUCCAGGUGCGGGCAGAAACCAUCGAUGUGUAUUCCCGCAGUCUGCGCGUGGUGUGGCAGGUCUCCAUCGGGUUCUCCGGGCUGUCCUUUUUGCUCUGCUUCUUCGAGAAGAAUAUCAAGUUGCGGUCGCAUUUGGAGACGGAGUACGGGCUGAAGGAGAAGGACGCGGGAAAUGGCUCGAAUGGAACUGAACCGGCGGUCUGA